CGCCCUCUACCGAAAGUAUUAAAUAAUUUCACUAUUCAUGGAUUGUGGCCCAAAAAUUUUCCUAACAUAGAACCGAAUUGUACAUCAAAAGAACAAUUUAAUAUUACAAAAUUACAGAGACUACGAGACGAUCUAGACAAACUGUGGCCAAGUUUGAAAGACUACAGCAAACCAGUCUCAUUUUGGAAACACGAAUUUGACAAACAUGGUAAGUGCGUAAAUGAGGAUCCCCUAAUGAAAGAUCAGUACGAUUACUUUAAAUUUGGCAUUGAUCUCAUGAAAAAUCUGCACCUGCUAGAAAAUCUAGAAAAAAAUGGGAUCGCACCAAAUGCUUCCGCACAAUAUGAAACAACCAAAUUACAGGAUGUAAUGAAGAAAGUGUACGGUCAUAAUGCUACUGUACAGUGCGCAAGUAAAAAGGGACAGAAAGGUGUGCAACGCUUGGAAGAGGUUUGGCUGUGCUUGAAUCCGAAACAUAAUUUCACUGACUGCCCACCAAUUGGCCAUUGUUCAGAUAAUUUUACCUUUCCUACAUUUACACAAGUGGAUUGUAAUAGUUCAAAAUAAGAUGAAAAAUAAUAAGAAUAAAUAAUGUUUACUGUUUCUGUUAUUUAAUAUUUGUGAACUAUACAUUUGGUGAGGGUAAUUUAGUUGGAUGUUUGAUAGUGAAUAAUCACACAAUACUCAGAAUGCGACCCACAAACAACGAUUGAUAGAUCCCACAAGUUGUUCGCAUCACAUUGGAAGACGAAAUGAUGGCAGUUUUUGUUUAACUUCAAAAGUAUUGGAAAUGUAAAUUAAAUCAAUCUAAUUGGUUGGCUUCUAUUCAUGCACACAAAAAUGCCAUUGAUCACCGUACGACAAAUGAUUUACUAAUAAAAUAGCAAACACCAGUAAGUUUAUUCAAUACAGUUGGUAUAUCUUUAGCCAUCAUGACUGCAAAGCGUUAUGACAUCUGUUUACUUGACAGUCACAGACAACAAUCUGUUAAUCACUUAAUUGUUCCAAGUUAGAUGUUGU